AUGACAAGUCGUGAUGAAUUCAUUUUAUAUCUAGAACCCGAUGUGCAUACCACCGCUCGACAGUGGAUUGACACCUUUAUCACGUCCUCAUCCUCAAGAUUCUAUCCAACCACAGCCACAAAAUAUACCUGCCAUACCAGUAUGACCGGUUUUUUCGAGUUGCCUAACGAUAUGACUGUAACUCAGUUUAUCGCUCUCAUUGACCCGCUGAUACAAAAGCAAGAGUUCCAUUCUAUUCCUGUCAUUGACACAAAUCCAUUAUUAGUCACAAAAUUAGAUACCGAGCAGCGAGAAAAACCUGUACAUUUAUUAUUACCCGUUUCCGUGACCAACAGCUACCAUGAGAUUGUGGAGAAUCUACGGCGUGUUUGCAGCGACAGACAAAUCAUGAUCCGCCCAAAGAAAAUCAACCACAUCAGUCUAGCCUACUGGGACGAGCCAGAAGCCACUGCUGAGCAACAUGAAGCGUGGCAAUCCAUGGUGAACAGUGGCAUAUUCGAGAAAAUGGAGGAAACGGCUCGCACAGAAUUUCAAUCUCUCAGUAACCCACGCGAUUGGCACAUUGUUCUUUACCGACGCACAAAGAAAGGACGCCAGGUUGGAGAACCACAUAUUUUUGCUGAACAAGCGCGAUGGAAAGUCAUUCCUCGCCCCAUGUAA